ACUAAUAGAUUUCAGAUGCAGCAGAAGCGUGGCACACGCUGCUCCCCAGCGCUUCCCCCGCCCGUCCGUGCCCGCAGGCUCCUCCUGGAGCAAUGCCCCGGCAAUCCAGAGAGCGGCUCACCAGAACCACUUCUCCUCCUCUUCUUCAUCCCUCCCACCUCCUCUUCACCUUCCCCAAACCUGCGGCACUCGAGGCGGGCGGGGCAGCUCCGCCCCGCCUGGCUGCGGGCCCCGGGCGGGCUGGGGUGCGCUCGGCUGCCGGGGGAGCCGGCAUGGGGACGGAGUCCUUCCUCGGAAACACCCUAUGAAGUCCCAGAGCAGGUACCAAUGGAAGGCCCUUUGCAAACCUUCGUUCAUGUGUGCCAUGAAAAUGGUCAGUGGAUGUCACAGUUACCAGAGAAGCUCUGGGAUAUUCCCCUCUAUAACUUAGCUCUCCCAGGGAGUCAUGACACUAUGACCUACUGUUUGGAUAAAAGCUCUGCUGUUAGUGGCAACGAGUCCAAGCUGGUGAAGUUUUUAAACAAAUGUCUGCCCUGCAUUGUGCACCCCAUUAUCAUGAAGUGGUCUAUAACUCAGGUCCUGACUGUGACGGAGCAACUUGAGGCUGGAGUUAGAUACCUGGAUUUCAGGAUUGCCCACAAGGCUAAUGAUCCCUCUAUGAAUUUGUACUUUGUGCAUAUGGUUUACACAACUGUUACUGUGCAGGAUAUUCUGUGGGAAAUAUUGAGGUGGUUAGAAACUCAUCCUCAUGAAGUUGUUAUCAUAGCCUGCAGGAAUUUUGAUGGAUUAAACAAGAGACUUCAUAAUCAUCUUGUUGCCUGUAUAAAAGAGAUUUUCCAGUGUAAACUGUGUCCUAGAUACGUGGUGCCAACACUGCGGACCAUGUGGCACCUGGGCCAUCAGGUCAUAGUCUCGUACGAAGAGGAGGUGCAGCUGGGGAAGCACUGUGAGCUGUGGCCCCCCAUCCCCUACUGGUGGGGAAACAAAACGUCCACUCGUGCCCUGAUCCGGUAUUUGGAGCGCAUGAAGCGGAUGGGCCGCCCAGGAAAGUUCUUUGUGGCAGGGAUUAACCUUACUGAAAAUUUAAGGUAUAUUCUCGUACACCCCUUUGGAUCACUGAAGAAAAUGACACUCCAGAGUCUUCCAUGCUUGAAAAUCUGGAUAAAGCAGCAGUAUCCAGGACCGAAAAAAAAAUGUAUUAACAUCAUUGCUGGAGACUUUAUAGGAAACAAUGAUUUUGUCAAAGAUGUGAUAGAACUUAACACAAAAAUUAAUCCUCCAUUGCACUGUCAAAGUGAAGUGGAACAAAUAGCAUUUGAUUCUCAGCUUCCUAAUCUAUGAAAAGUUGAAAAGGCUUUGUCUGAAAUUAUUGUGCCCUGGUGUUAAACAUCCUGAAUCCCAUAAAGGUCCAAUUAACUUAAACCAGGAAUGCUUUCAAGACUCAGUAGGAAAAGGUCUCUCAACAUCAUCAGGUUUUGAGGCCUUUGGACAGAAAAGAGAGCAGGUGUACCUUGCUGUAGUCUCUAGAGAACUAUGGUAUAGGUAUAAUUUUUUUGGAGGUGCUUUGAUUCUGUAGCAGCUGGUAAUACUGAAAGUCCCAAAAGCUCAAACUUAUUUUUCAUUGGACUAAGGAGGAGGAAAAUGUCAGUAGUUUCAUGAUAUAUCUUUAAAGAUUUUUUUUAAUUGUAAGGAUAUUCCGCACUACUUGCAACCCAAAUUCUUACUCUUUUAUAUCAGUUUGAAAUGGACUUGCCUGUUUUCAUAGUUUCUAUUAAAUAAACAAAAGGAACAGUUAAAAAUAUUUUAUCAGAGGUACUGCACUGACAAUCCAGUGUGAAAUGAUUUUAUGUACACACCAAUGUGCUGAGUAUCAGUUGUGUGCUACGUUACGAACAAGGUAGCCCCAAAAUUAUUUGGAAUUUUUAAGAGGUAAUUGAAUUAGCACUUAGUCAUGCCAGUUCUGUUGGGAUAAAGAUAGCAAAAUGAGGCCCUUACACAGUGUGUCUGUGGCAGUUAAACAUUUUACUAGGUGUUACUUAAGCAUGCCUUACAUUGAAAAUAAACACAGAGGAAACAAAUUCCUGAUCUUAACUUAAACUGCCCUAGAAAUACAGAUUCUGGGCUUCUAUCAUGCUCAUUUAGGGUUUCACACCUGGUCUUUUAUUUAGCUAUUUUAGUAGCUCUGUAAUUAUUUUUCGUCUCACUAAGUAGUUUUUGCGUAUGUGAAAACUAAGAGGUUUAUGCUAUUUCCCAUCACAUACUAAUUCUGUUGUCCUAAAUGAACUGUGGAAUAACAAAUCAUCAUGAAGGCAAGAGAAAUGUCAAGCAUCAGGACUAAAACAAAACCAAUUAUUGUGUAAAGUUCACUAUGCAACUUCUUCUGUAUACCUCACUUUUUAGAUGCACUUUAAAUGCAAAAGCUAUAUUCAGAUGUCUGCUUAUGUUUGCAGAAGUUUUUCUGCCUAUCUUUUGUGCCCUCUUUUGUACCCUUGUCAUUCUAAUAAAACUUGAUAUCUCUCUGUAA